UUUACUUUAAUUUGCUCCAGCCCUCUCCAACGGGCAACGACUUCACCAGUUGACCUCCUGCCCCUUUAACCUUUGAUAUAGCGCACAACCUAUUAACCUAAUUCUCGCCCCCCAUUCAUAUCUCUCUCUCUCCAUCUAUCUGUGUAGUAAGUGUGGAAACAUGUAUUCCACAAACAAUGUUCAGAAUUAUCCGGCUGCGAUUCCAGUUUAUUCUCAACCUAACAAUGUUCAGAAUUAUCCGGCUGAGAUUCCAGUUUAUUCUUUACCUGCUCAGUUUCCGCCCAACAUAAGCCAGCAGAAUCCCCUAAAUGUGAUUCCAAUCCAUUCUCAAGCUCAGUAUCCUUGGUCAAGCGGCCUCUUCGACUGCUUCAACGACUGUGAGAGCUGUUGUCUGACGCUUUGGUGCCCAUGCAUUACGUUUGGCCGCAUCGCCGAAAUCGUCAGCAAAGGAUCCUCCUCUUGUGUUGGUAGUGCAUCCCUUUACACUCUCAUCUGGGUUCUGUUGGGUUGCCCGUGGAUAUACUCCUGCACCUACCGAUCCAUGCUGCGGCAGCAAUUCUCCCUGCAGGAGACCCCAUGUGCUGAUUGCCUUGUUCACUGCUGCUGUGACUGUUGCGCCUUGUGUCAAGAGUACAGAGAGCUCAAACAGCGUGGAUUCUCCAUGGCUCAAGGAUGGUCUGGUAAUAUGCAAAAUCAAAACCGUGGAGUGACAAUGGCUCCAGUCGUGCAAGGAGGCAUGAUCCGCUGAAGUGAUCACUGUUCUAUUUGUUGUAUUAAAUAUGCAGGUUUUAAUUUGUUAGAUGUGGGGAGUGAUGAGGAAUUGAGGACGAUGUUUAGCUUUUGUUUUCGAUAUAAGUUUGGUCUAUUUAAUCUCAUGUUUGAAAUUAAUAAUCUCUGUAUAUCAUAUCGGUACGUUAUGGCUA